AUGACAGGGUCGAAUCAUGAAAAGUCACCCGGCACCAUCCUUCUAACAGGCGCCAAUGGCAGCCUUGGCAGCGCCAUCGUGUCCAGCAUCGUCUCGACGCCCGAGCUCGCUGCCCAUCAUGGCCUCUACACGGUGCGCGACGCCGAAGCCGCCCCGGCGCUGCGCUCAGCCCUCGGUGCCGCCCCCCGGCAUUGCCAUGACGUAAAGUCUCUGGACCUUGCCGACCUUGCCGCCGUGCGCCGGACCGCCGCCGCCAUCAACGCCCGGGUGGCCUCGGGCGAUAUUCCGCGCAUCCGCGCCCUCAUCCUCAACGCGGGCUAUCUCGAGUUCACCACGCAGGCCUGGACCGACGAUGGCUUCGACAUGAGUUUCGCCUCAAAUUACCUCGGCCACUGGCUUCUCACGCUGCUGCUGUUGCAGAGCAUGGACGCCGAAGCUGGGCGGGUGGUUGUUAUUGGAAGCGAAUCUCACGAUCCCUACAAUGCCAAGAGCAAGGCGGCCUUCAGCCACGACAGGUGGACCUUGUUCAUGCACGACACCACCGAGCACAUUGCCAAGGGCACCUGGAGUUGCACCAGUGAGGAUCCGACACACCACUGCGGCUUCCGGCGCUACGGCGCAUCAAAGUUCUGCCAAGUCAUGAUGAUAGGCGAGCUCCAGCGCCGGCUUGACGCCGAUGCCGCCCUCGGCAACAUUUGUGUCCUCGGCGUAGACCCAGGUUCCAUGCCCGGGAACCUAACGCGCCGAGGCCCCUGGAUCAUCCGCGUCCUCCUCUUCCAGCUCAUCAUGCCCUGGAUGGCGCCCCUGUUGGCGUGGCUGCGGCCCAACGGCCCGCUCCGCACAGUCAAGCGGGCGGCGCCGGAUAUCCUCGCGGCCGCCUUUGCCUCGGUUCCUCCGCUGGGUGAGCGACCCAAGGGACUGUAUCUGUACGGCUCCCGGCUUGAGGAGACGACGGCCGAGGCCAAGGACCUGGGGAAGCGGGAGGUGCUCUGGCGGGAUACGGUGGGCUAUACGCAGCUACAAGAGGGCGAAACGGCUCUGCGAAACUGGCAGUGA